ACACAACAAACAAGUUCCUACUUCCUACAAAUAACUGAUUGAUAUAAAGAAAGAACAAGACAACGUAGCAAAGCGCCAAUAUCACAAAGAGAGAGAAACAAGAAGAGAGAGAAAGAAUCAAAUAAAGAAACAACCUCUCUCUUCCAAGUUCCAACCUUCAAUUUCGCAGUUCUUUCAAUUUCAAUUUCAAGAGAAACAUGGAGGUGGGUCAGAUGCGGAGACAGUGGGUGGACUACAUCAAAUCCAUGUUCAUGGAGGGUUUCUUGGAUGGUCAGUUUCUCCAACUUCAGCAGCUACAAGAUGAGAACAAUCCUGAAUUUGUUUUUGAAGUUGUUUCUCUUUUCUUUGAUGAUUCUGAGAGGAUUCUCAAAGAUCUGUCUUUUGCUGUGGAUCAGCAAAGUAUUGACUUCAAAAAAGUUGAUGCUCAUGUUCACCAGUUUAAGGGUAGCAGUGCAAGCAUAGGCGCACAAAGGGUAAAAAAUUCCUGCGUUGCUUUUCGUAAUUUCUGUGAGGAACAAAACAUAGAUGCGUGCCGCAGGUGUUUGCAGCAAGUGAAGCAAGAGUACUUACUUGUCAAGAAUAAGCUUGAAACAUUGUUGAGGCUUGAGCAGCAGAUAGUGGCAGCUGGUGGCUCAAUCCCUAUGAUGGAACUGAACUGAGUUUCUAAGUGAGUGGAUCUGUAGAGAUGCUUGUAUUUUGAUCCCUCUUCUCUGUUGAAGAUUCUCCAUAUCUCUUGUGAAUGUUUGGAUUUUUAUGCGGAUAGAAGUUUUCAUCCAAUGUACUUUGUUCUUCACAAGAAAGCACUUUCAUAAUUUGUAAUAUUUUGCAUGUUUUAAUGAAGGUUAAUGACACGAAUAUUGAUCUUA